UCGCUUCCUGUCUGCCCUCCUGUUUCUGUUCCCAUACGCCGCUCCGUCUCACCUCCUGCUGCCAUGACGUUUGUGGCUCCUCCAGGAUACCAGCCCAUCUACAGCCCUAGAAUUCCUUAUUUUGGGCCCAUUUAUGGAGGUCUGAGGGAUGGGGUGUCCAUCUACAUCCAGGGGUCAGUUCCUGAGGACAUCACCAGGUUUUACAUAAAUCUGCUCUGUGGAGAGUCUGAGUCCAGCGACAUCGCCCUCCAUUUCAACCCUCGCUUCGACGGAUGGGACAAGGUGGUCUUCAACUCCUGUCAGAAUGGAGAAUGGGGGUCAGAGGACAAGAUUCGAAGCAUGCCCUUCAGUAAGGGCCAGGCCUUCGAGAUGGUCAUCAUGGUCACGUCACAGGGAUACCAGGUCCGAGUCAAUGGGAAUGACUUCUACACGUUCCCUCAUCGUAUUCCGAUGGAAUGUGUUCGUGCCAUGCAGAUCGCAGGAGACGUUUCCAUCCAGACCAUUAACGUCAUAGGGGGUGGAGGAAUGGGAGGAGGAAUGGGAGGUGGAAUGGGAGGAGGAUAUCCAGGAGGCUGUGUUCCACCAGGGGGAGGAGGAUACCCAGGAGGAAUGGGUGGAGGAAUGGGUGGAGGAAUGGGUGGAGGAAUGGGAGGUGGAUAUCCAGGAGACAUGGGAGGUGGAAUGGGGGGUGGAUACCCCGGAUCAAACCUGCCGGGUAUGGGUGGACAGCCCGUCUACAACCCGCCAGUGCCGUACUCCAACAUGAUCCCUGGGGGGAUGUUCCCUAAGAGGACCAUCAUCAUCAGGGGGAUGGUGCCCUAUGGAGGAGACAGACUGGCCAUCAACUUCGUAGUCAGCAGAUCCAGGGACAUCGCCUUCCACAUGAACCCUCGAGUCAGAGAGGGCAUCGUGGUCAGAAACAGUAUGAUCGGAGGCGACUGGGGUCAAGAGGAGCGAGAGCUGAGCUUCAACCCCUUCAUGGAGGGACAGUACUUCGACAUGUCGAUCCGCUGUGGGAACCAGAGGUUUAAGGUGUUCGUCAACGGGCAGCACUUGUUCGACUUCUUCCACCGUCUGCAGUCGUUCAACGAAGUCGACAUGUUGGAGAUCGACGGUGACGUGCAGAUCUCAUACAUCCACUUCUGAAAACACACACUUUCAGUCACAUUGGCCUCCGAGCUGUCGACUCAGGUUGACCUUCAUAAACGUCCAUUAGACAGAGUUACCUCAUCAUCUUCAUCAUUAUCUGUAUGAAUCAUUACUCAUAAAGUGAAUUAAUAAACAUGUCA